GUUCCAAGUUUUGGCGGGAAAAUUGGGCGGGUUGAAAUUCUUGAUCAGAACAUAGGUGUCUAUGAUUAGAAUCUCGAGUUUUCAUUUCACAAAAACAAUGUCUGUUUGUGCUGAAAACAAACGACCUGCGCUGAAAGAAAUGCAAAAUGUAGAACGUACCCCAAGCAAGAAGUUUAAAUUAGACGAUGUUCCAGUUUUAAAAUUCGCAAAACUGACAGAAAAUGCGUCAAAACCAACAAGAGGUUCCAAACUUUCGGCGGGGUACGACUUAUACAGUGCCUAUGACAUCAUAAUACCUGCGCGGGGGAAAAAUCUCGUAAAGACAGAUAUUCAGAUCGCUCUCCCUGAUGGUUGCUACGGUCGUGUUGCCCCAAGAUCGGGACUUACCCACAAACAUUUCAUUGAUGUGGGGGCCGGGGUUAUAGACCAAGAUUAUCGAGGGAAUGUUGGGGUUAUUCUGUUUAAUUUCAAUGACGUUGAUUUUCAAGUCCAUAAAGGAGACAGAAUCGCUCAACUGAUUUGCGAACGAAUAUUUUUACCCGAUUUACAGGAGCUUGAGAAGUUGGACGAAACUGUUCGUGGUUCUGGUGGUUUUGGCUCCACUGGUCACAAUUGAUGUUAUGAUGUCAUAACACAAAGUUUUGCAGCAAAAACUACCACAAUAAGUUUACACAAAUAUUGUGUUCCCUUUUUCUUUUUUAUAUUUUUGUAAUAGGUAUGUCGUAUGUGUGGUGAAAUUGUAUUUGAAUAGUAACAUUAAACAACGAACAGUAA